UUGAUUGUCCCGCCGGCGGCGAUACGAUCGAAUCCCGAGCGUGGACCGAUGAGGAAGGAAAGAGGUGCGGGCAGGAACCCACAGAACCAGUGCAAACAAGUGUCCCGAAGCAACGGCAAACGCCCCGCUGGUGAAGGGGCGAGGUUCAACUCCCGAAGCGCCAAUGCCAAUGGGACGUGAGCGGCAGCUUCUGCGGGCCUGCCUGCGCUGGAAGCUGUUUGCGAUGAGAUGACGAAGUGGUGGACGAAAGGAAACAAUACGCAAUCGCAAGGGAGUUGCUGGAUGCAAUGAGAAAAGGGGUCCGGCGGGCGGUGGAAAUAGAGCGACAGAGAGCAAAGAAAGUACAAACGCGGAGACCGGUUGGUGGAGAAGAAAUGGGACUAUUCACUCUUUCACUCUUUUAAAUCCGCGGCAGUUCGAUGUCAGUAUUAUGACGUGCCCUUCUCAUCAAAGCUGGUCGAUACAGCAGUCGAAAUGGAGAUGGUAGACUCUACGAGUAGGGCUAAGGGUUCAUAUGAUCCGGUUCGAAGGACCAAAUCUUACCUCGCUGCGUGGUGAUCCGGUUCGAAGGACCACAUCGCGCAUGGCUAUGAGCAAACAACGCAUAAAAAAGCCAUAGAAAAAACAGUGAAGCAGUGUGACAUUUUAUUUAAUGUCAUCAGAUUUAUCAAAAUGAUACGCUGCAAUUGGAUAGUUUGGAUCGGAGCGUGUCUGCUGCUGCAGGCACCGUGGCUAGUGGCCGCAGAUCACGAUCCACCGCCCGGGAACCGGCCGACCCAGCUGGAAGACAUCGAGCGGGACAAUCUGAACAGCGAGCGGCAGGUGUUCAAAAAGGAAGCGAUAGCACAGCAGCAGCACGGAGCUAGCUCGAGCCAAAGCAACAAUCACUACACCGUGCAGAUACAGCACCAUCCGGGCAGUACGGCCGGUACGCACAGCUCGGUCAAAUACGUGACGCCACUUCCCGCCCCGACCCAGACGCUCACCUACUCGAAAGAUCACGCUGUGCCGCAACAAUACGUCAGCAUUCCGCAGCAGCAGCAGCCGCCGCUUCAAUUCCACCAGCAACAGCCACAGCAACAAGUGCCACAGGUGCACGAGGCGCAUUCCACCUAUACGGUGCCGUCCCGUCAGUCACUGCUGCAGCCCAUCAUCGGUGGAGGUGCACCGGCCUCCCCGUAUCUGACGCCGCAGCCGCAGUACGUGUAUGUGCAGGCCCGGCCCCAGCCGCUGCCACAGUAUGCGGCCGACAACAGUCUGCCCCAACAGCUGCUACACAUCCUGCCACAAAAUUCACAAGCUUAUAUCAUGAUUCCGACGCCAUAUUACCAGCAGCAGCAGCAGCAGCAGCAAGCACCGCACGCGCCAGCCUCCCCGACCGGGCCAGCCCUGCCAUCGAUUACACCGCCCUCAUCGCCGGCAACGCCCCAUUCCGCCCAGCAGCUGGCCGCGUAUGUCAACGACCCGGACAAUCACAUCCAAACCUACUCUCACGGUGAAACGGGAGCACAGUCCCCAGCCACCGGGGCGACGGUCCAGCCUACGCCGCAACCCGAUGUCGUAUACGCCGCUUCCUCUACCCCAGCUCCACCCCGGCAUCAAUCGCCGUCGGCCGAAUUUUCCAUCGUGAAGAGCGUCGAGCAGCCGGUCUACUUCUCACACGACCUUCCACCGCUCCAAUCGAACAAGCUGCCCCAGCACGGCGAUGGUUCUGUGUUUCAGUUCGGUGGCGCACAGGUACACCACCCCGUCACUGGCAGACCUUUCACGGGCCAUGCGCAACAGCUUCACCCGCACCAGCAGCUUCAUCAUCACCACCAACAACCUCCGCACCAGCUGCACUACCCUGCGUACGUACAGCCGCACGGCCAUUCGUACGCCGGGGCCCACCAGCAACUUCACUAUCCUUCCCUGGCGCAUCCGAACAACGGCAUCUUGAACUACUUUGGCGUACAGCAGCGGCCACCCACCAGCCUGCUCGACUCGUACGUACCAUCCUCGCUGCAGCUUGCGAAAACGCCACUGUACACCACGAAACUGGCACCCCACGCGUACCCGGCGUUCCAUCACGGGCAGCUGCAUCUCCAGCAGCCACGUCCGGUGCAGUUCUACCAGCAGGGCGUCCCCGUGCACCCGGUGAACCCGCUCCACACGACCAUCCUGCAGCCGGCAGGGCAUGGCGCAUCCUUCCCGCACGCGCAACCACUCGCGCUGGGGCAGCUUCCGUCGGGCCCGUCGGCCACCGCCCCCGGGUACAAUACGAUCGCGUACUCCGUGCCGCUGGCGUUCACGAAAACGUCCGCGCAGUACAAACGCUCACCGGCGCUGUUCAGUGUGGCCGGGUUUGCAAGACCGUCGACGGCCGGUUUGGCCACGACCAAGCUCCAGCCGGCGAAGCAGUUCGCGUGAGCGGGAAUGCAGCUGCACACACGGUGUGCGUAAAAAUAGAGGUUAAUUUAUUUAGUUGAUAGAAUACAUUGUGGCGAGCGUUGU